CUCUCUCUCUAGAUUUUUUCAUCAAACUAUAUAAUCUUCAAUUCUUCAAUUUCCAGUUCUUCAUCAGAUUUGAAAAGACGAAAAUACCCUCGUUUGUUUGAUUUGAUUAGAUUCAUGGCUGGUAUGUGCUAUGGAGUGAAUAUGGGGGAGACGGAGACCUCCGCCCCGGUUGAGCCGAGUUCGAGAUCCGCCAGGCGGCGGAGGAUGGAAAUCCACCAGUUCAAUUUUGUGCCCACCGAUUCAUCGGUGGCGCCGCCGCCGUUGGAAGGCGGCGGCGGCGGGAGAAGGAAGAGGCAGAGGAUUCUUCCUGCCGUUGUUCCGGUUUUGUCUCCGAUGGAGUGCAUGAACGGAGUUCAGAAUUGCCAAGUCGUCCAGCAGAAGGAGAAUCAGGUGGCCGGCGAGUUACCGCCGGCGACCAAGGCGUUGGAUCUGUCUGCGUCGCCGUCGUGUUCGGCGAAUGAAAACGGCGGGAAUCCCGACUGUCCGAAGUUUGGAAUGACCUCUGUUUGUGGAAGGAGGAGAGAUAUGGAAGAUUCCGUCGCGAUUCACCCUUCAUUCUGCCGGCCGGACAGUAAUUCGACGGCGGGGUUGCAUUUCUUCGGAGUUUACGACGGCCAUGGCUGCUCACAUGUGGCGAGUAGGUGCAGAGAUAGAAUGCACGAGAUAGUGAAACACGAGUUCGAGAACGGCGGCUCGCCGUCGUGGGAGCGGACCAUGUCGGAGAGUUUCUCGAAGAUGGAUAAAGAAGUUGGCGAGUAUUGCAACGGCGGCGCCGCCGUCUUCAUCUCCGGUUGCCGCUGCGAGCUACAGACCCCACAGUGCGACGCCGUCGGAUCCACCGCCGUGGUUGCCGUCGUCACCCCCGAGAAGAUCGUCGUUUCCAACUGCGGCGACUCUCGCGCCGUUCUCUGCCGCAACGGAGUCGCGAUUCCGUUAUCCGUGGACCAUAAACCGGACCGGCCCGACGAGCUGAACCGGAUCCAAGAAGCCGGCGGCCGGGUCAUCUUUUGGGACGGUCCAAGAGUUCUUGGCGUCCUAGCCAUGUCUCGAGCAAUCGGAGAUAAUUAUUUGAAACCGUACGUGAUACCGGAGCCGGAGGUGACAAUCACGGAGCGUACGGCGGAAGACGAGUGCAUAAUUCUGGCGAGCGACGGGCUUUGGGAUGUUGUAUCGAACGAAACCGCUUGUGGGGUGGCGCGUAUGUGCCUACAGUCGAGGAAACCGCCGUCACCGCCGAGAUCGCCGGGAAAUGACAUCACCGUGACGGAAGCCGGUGAGAGCUCCGACAAGGCUUGCUCCGAUGCGUCAAUCCUGUUGACCAAAUUGGCCUUGGCUCGUCACAGCACCGAUAACGUCAGCGUUGUGGUGGUGGAUUUAAGGAGAAUCUAAUAGAAUAAAACAAGCGGAAAUUUUUCUUUUUUAUUAUUUUAUUUAUUUAUUUUCCUCUUUAAUCCUUUUUUGGGAUUUUUUUUUUAUUUUAAUUUAGUGCGCAUAUAUUCAGUUGUUUUAGUAUUUUGUAUGUACAUAGUUUUUAAUCCUGGAAUUGGUAUUUAUAUUGUGUUUAUUUUCUUCAAAUUUUU